AAGCUUCUACAUUUUUGUGCUUCUUCAAAGAAGAAGAAAAAUUCUUAUUUAAAACAUACGUACCUUCAUAAGUCAUAUUGAAAUUCAGAACAUCACUGAGAAUAUUAAAUUAAUUUGAAGGGAUUCAACGAUGGACGUUGUUAUGGAAAGAAGAGUUUUGGUUGCAGUGGAUGAGACUGAGCAGAGCAUGUAUGCAUUGAAAUGGGCAGUUGAGAAUUUAAGGUUGAGUUCUAGUGAUACACUGAUACUCUGCCAUGUGAAGCGCCAUCCUGUGACUUAAGGAGGCGCUGGAUGCCCUGUUAUAAUUGUUGUGCAGGAUUCGUGCUCACACCUGAGGUGACCUUGUCCUUGGAGAGGUAUGAAAACCGGAGUGCAGAAAAUGUUAUGAAGAAGUCAAAGGAAAUUUGUAGUAGAUGCCCGGUCAAAUUGGAGGAGAAAAUCCUGUCAGGAGAUGCAAGAGAGAGUCUGUGUGAGGCAGUAAAGAAGUUUAGGGCAGAUGUUCUUGUUAUGGGGAGUCAUGACCAUAGCACUAUCAAAAGGGCUCUUUUGGGGAGUGUCAGUGAUUAUUGUGCACACCAUGCAAAAUGUCCAGUUCUUAUUGUGAAGAAGCCUCAGCAUUAACGUUUUAGAUUUAACUUUCCAUUGAGUUCUGUGCUCUUUUGACCAUAUAUCUGCACAGUUAGGAAAAAGUUGAAAAGUGGUGUUUAUUGCCGAUGGAAAACCAUUUCCAAGAUCCUGAUUGUUUCUCAUGGUUGAGGAACAUGUUUUCUGUGUUUGUAUAUAUAAUGAACCCCAAAAAUUGAAAGGAUGUUAUGCAGCUUGCAAGAAACUUGUCAAGAAGAAAAGAUGUUAUGAAGCUUGUAAGAACACGCAUAGGGAAAUGUUGUAUGCAUCAAUCCUUCAAGGUUUGUAAUUAUGGCAGAUAAUGAUGUAAAGUCAGGUCCGUGGGAUUUCUUGUACAAUCAGGUCAAUAAUGUUUUUUGAAUUAUAAUGUUAAUCAUUGAUCAUUAUUAUAAAAGUAAGAUUACUAAA